CAAUAAUAGUAAAUAUAAACGAGCAAAGUAAAACCAAGUAAAGCAAAGCGUGGUUUCAAUAAAAAAAAAUGGAUUUUAAUUUUGUAAAAGAAAUUGAAUGUAAUCAAGGAGGAGUAAGAGCUGUUCGUUUUAGUGUUGAUGGUUCAUAUUGUGUAACAUGUGGUUCAAAUAGAACAAUAAAACUUUGGAAUCCUCAUCGUCAUGCAUUAUUAAAAACAUAUUUUGGACAUGGUGAUGAAGUACUGGAUGCAUGUACAGCAUGUGACAGUAGUCAAAUAGUAUCAUGUGGUGUUGAUAAAUCAGUGAUACUUUGGGAUGUAGCAACUGGUACACCAUUACGUAGAUAUCGUGGUCAUGCCAGUAGUGUAACAACAGUAAGAUUUAAUGAAGAAUCAUCAAUGGCAAUAUCUGGAUCACGUGAUAAUUCUGUUAUGUUUUGGGACAUGCGUUCAAAAUCAAUAACACCAGUACAAACAUUAAACGAUGCCAAGGAUUCAAUUUCAAGUAUAAGAAUAUCUGAUCACGAAAUUCUAUCAGCCUCUUAUGAUUGUAAAAUAAGAAGAUAUGACAUACGUGUUGGACAAUUAUCAACAGAUUGUCUUGGUGAACCAGUCACAUGUGCUAGUUUUACACGUGAUGGACAAUGUAUUGUUGCAAGUUGUGCUGAUGGUUCUGUUAGAUUAUUAGAUAAAGAUUCUGGCGAAUUACUUGGUGAAUUUACUGGACAUACUGUUGAUAAUUUAUGUCUUGAAUCAAGUGUUGAUUGUUAUGAUACAAAAAUAAUGUCAGGUUCUGCUGAUGGUAAAUUAUGGAUAUGGGAUUUAGUUAGUCAAAAUGUCAUUGCAAAACUUGUUGGUGAUAAAUUAUCAAAACAUGCAACUGUAUCAGUAGCUGUACAUCCACAAGAAAAUUGUAUUAUUGCUGCAAAUGGUGCCAGUAUUUUAAUGUGGUCAGAAAAUAAAAAAGAUAUUUAAAAAAAACAUUUCAUAUUUCUCUUUUUUUUUUUUUCUCUUCUUGCUGAAUAAAAUUGUACGUGCUGACACCUGGUGUAGAUUGACGAAUAGUAUAUGUGUGUGUGUGUUUAACUGUUUAUGUUUAUGUUGUUGUCCUUGUCAAUGGUUCAAUGUCCAAGUCACAAUUGUGGUGGGCAAGUUGUUGUUGAUUACUCUACUCCAUUUUUAUUGAUUAUUAUUUAAGAUAUUUCUACGCAUAUAUAAAUAUAUUUUUUUGUUUUAAACUGAUCAUCAUUGUCAUCGUCCAAAGUACAUUAUAAACUGGUUAUUUCUUUUUUAUAAUAAAUAAUAAUUUAAUUAUCAACACUCAGGCGUUGGCUAGACCAAAUCAAUCCAGUUAUUUCAACGUUCGACAUUAAUUACAUCAAUUGAUAUAUAAAAAUGGUACGAAAAGAAUCAGUAUAUGUUGUUGGUGUUGGUAUGACAAAAUUUGAAAAACCAGGAACACGAGAUGAUUUUGAUUAUCCACAAAUGGCCAAAGAAGCUGUAACAAAAGCUCUACAAGAUGCUAGAGUAUCAUACGAUGAAAUAAAUGCUGCAUGUGUUGGCUAUGUUUAUGGUGAUUCAACAUCUGGUCAACGUGCAUUAUAUGAAAUUGGAUUAAGUGGUUGUCCAGUUUAUAAUGUUAAUAAUAAUUGUUCAACUGGUUCAACAGCACUUAUCCUAGCUAAACAAAUAAUUGAAACUGGUAAAGCUGAUUGUGUACUUGCAUUGGGUUUUGAAAAAAUGGAAAAAGGUUCAUUAACAUCAAAAUUUAAUGAUCGUACAAAUCCAAUGGAUAAACAUGUUACAUUAAUGGCUGAAUUAUCUGGUAUUAAUCAAACUCCAAUAACAGCACAGCUAUUUGGUAAUGCUGCUAUUGAACACAUGAAUAAAUAUGGAACAAAAGCUGAACAUUUUGCUAAAAUUGCAUAUAAAAAUCAUCUACAUUCAGUUAAUAAUCCAUACUCACAAUUUCAAGAUAAAUAUACAUUGGAACAAAUUAAAAAUUCACCAAAUGUAUUUGGUCCAUUAACUAAAUUACAAUGUUGUCCAACAUCUGAUGGUAGUGCUGCUGUUAUAUUGGCAAAUCAAGAUUUUGUACGUCGUCAUAAUUUACAGCAUCAAGCUGUUGAAAUAUUAGCCAUGGAAAUGACAACAGAUACAGCAACAACAUUUGCUGAAAAAAGUCAUAUUAAAAUUGUCGGCUAUGAUAUGACAAAAAAUGCAGCAGAUAAAGUAUUUGCAAGUGUACCAUAUUCACCAUGUGAUGUUGAUGUUAUUGAACUGCAUGAUUGUUUUUCUGCAAAUGAAUUAAUAACAUAUGAAGCAUUGGGUCUUUGUCCACCUGGUAAAGCUGGUGAAUUAAUUGAUUCUGGUAAUAAUACAUAUGGUGGUAAAUAUGUUAUAAAUCCAAGUGGUGGAUUAAUAUCAAAAGGACAUCCGCUGGGAGCAACUGGUUUAGCUCAAUGUGCUGAGUUAUGCUGGCAAUUACGUGGUCAAGCUGGUAAACGUCAAGUUGCUGGUGCUAAAUUAGCAUUACAACAAAAUAUUGGACUUGGUGGUGCUGUUGUUGUUGGUCUUUAUAAACUUGGUUUUUCUGGUACAAUUAAAAAAAGUCUUGUUAAAGCUGCUGUAUCACCAGAUGGCUUUAAAGCAAAUGCUGUAUUUAAAGUAUUUGAAAGUGCUAUGAAAGAAGAUGAAGAUGGCUUGAUUGAUAAAUUUCGUGGUAUUUAUGGUUUUACAAUUACAAAUGGACCAGAUGGAACUGAAGGUUACUGGAUUAUAAAUGCUAAAACUGGAAAAGGAUCUGUUGAAUUUAAUGGAAAAACUAAACCAGAUGUGCUAUUUACCAUAAGUGAUACUGAUAUUGUUGAUUUUAUAUCUGGUAAAUUAAAUCCACAACAAGCAUUCUUUCAGGGUAAAAUUAAAAUCAAAGGAAACAUGGGACUUGCUAUGAAAUUACCAGAUUUACAAAAAAAAGCUGCUAAAAAAAUUGAGCUUUUAAAAUCUAAAUUAUAAUUCUCUUCUUGCUUUUAAUAUUCAUGAUUUAUUUUGACUUGUGCAAUCUUUUUGUUUAAAAAAAAACUAAUUUAAUCAUUACACAAACAAACUUGAACAAUUCAAGUUUUAUAUUUUUAUUUUAUGGUAUUAAUUAUUGUAUAAUUAGCGGGUAGGUGGUAAGGAUUUGUUGUAAAUUUUAUAAGAAAUUUUUUAUAUGUAAUGUAACAUUACUAGUGUUGCAAAAAAAAAAAAAAAAAAAAGUCUAUUAUUGUGGCUAGGACUUUAAUCAAAUAAAAAAAAAAGGGGCUGGGCAAAUGAUUAGAUAAAUAAAAGAAGCAAAAAUUUAUAAAACAUAUAUUGUUUUGUUUAUUUAAAAUAAAUUAAUUUUGUAAAAUAAUUAAAUUAACACAAUGCUAUAUUUAUCUAUUAUUCACGAACAUCAUCAUCGAUUAAACCAUACGCUGAAUAUUUCUUUGUUGAUAGAACGCUUGCGCAAAUAAAAAGCUCAUUUAAAAAAAAGAUGUCCAUGAUUCAGUAGUCGUCAGGUACGUCAGGCCAAAAGUCGACGAAAAAACAUUUAAGUAAUAAUAAAGUCAUCGAUAUUUCUGGCUCUCAUUCAGAAGAGCUUUACUUUGCGUGUGUAUCAACACAAAAAUAAAAUAACAAACACGAAAUACAAAAUAGAAAAAAAUAAUUACCGCGGUGCAUUGAACCUAGAGUAUAUUUGUAAAAGAAAUAAAAAAUACAAAGUAUAAUUAAA